UCAAGUGUUUUGUUCACGCGGAGCUCCAGUUUCAUUCUGACAGCAGAUGAGGAAAUCAAACUCUGUCCGAGACCGAGCUCCUCUUUCAACGAGUAAGAACAGGAAUGGAUUUUGUGAGAGAAGUUGAACAGGAUUAACUCACAACAUGUUCCUGGUUUUGGAAGGAUGACACCAAAUUUUUAAGGAUUAAACACACUGUCAUUUUCUCAGACAACCUUGGCAUUAAGUCACUUCUGGACCCUAAUCUUACUGGAUUACGCACCUCAUCUGUCUAAUGUUUCCACCACUGAGCUUCAGCACGAGAUGGUGUGCUGGGAAUUUGGCUGUUUGACAGAGACUCGACAGAAAUGUCGAAGUCAAGCGGACAGGGGAUGUGCAACAGCGAACUUCCCCAGUUCCUUAUUGGAAGUGAGGGUGGUGAAAGCAGAGAGCUGGAUGACAUAGACAUGAGGAAGAUCUCAGGACAUUACAGGGAGGAGGAGGAGGAGGAUGAGGAUCAGUCAGAGCGUCAGAUUAUGGUGGGGAUCUGCUCCAUGAUGAAGAAAUCGAAAUCCAAACCAAUGACUGAGAUUCUGGAGAGGCUCUGUAAGUUUGAGUACAUCACUGUGGUCAUUUUUCCAGAGGAGGUUAUACUCAGUGAACCGGUGGAGAAGUGGCCGUUGUGUGACUGCCUCAUUUCCUUCCAUUCCAAAGGAUUUCCCCUUGACAAAGCAGUAAGUUAUACCAAACUAAGAAACCCCCUCCUUAUCAACGACCUCAAUAUGCAGUAUUUCAUUCAAGACAGGAGGGAAGUGUACAGGAUUCUACAGGAAGAGGGCAUUGACCUUCCACGCUAUGCAGUGUUGAACCGGGACCCCGACAGACCAGAGGAAUGUAACCUGGUGGAGAGCGAGGACCAUGUGGAAGUGAACGGGGAAGUGUUUCACAAACCCUUUGUGGAGAAGCCCGUCUCUGCCGAGGACCACAAUGUCUACAUCUAUUACCCAACCUCAGCCGGCGGUGGCAGCCAGCGUCUCUUCAGAAAGAUCGGCAGUCGGAGCAGUGUGUAUUCUCCUGAAAGUACCGUUCGUAAGACUGGAUCUUACAUCUACGAGGAGUUCAUGCCCACAGAUGGCACUGAUGUUAAGGUUUACACAGUCGGACCUGAUUACGCUCAUGCCGAAGCCCGUAAGUCUCCUGCUCUGGAUGGGAAAGUGGAGAGAGACAGUGAGGGGAAGGAGAUCCGCUAUCCUGUGAUGCUCACCGCGAUGGAGAAGCUUGUGGCCAGAAAAGUGUGUCUUGCAUUUAAGCAAACAGUCUGUGGUUUUGACCUCCUCCGAGCAAAUGGCCACUCUUUCGUUUGUGACGUUAAUGGCUUCAGCUUUGUAAAGAACUCCAUGAAGUAUUAUGAUGAUUGUGCCAAAGUUCUGGGGAACAUGGUGAUGCGAGAGCUGGCUCCUCAGCUCCACAUUCCCUGGUCGAUCCCCAUGGAAGCAGAGGACAUCCCUAUCGUCCCGACUACCUCAGGAACCAUGAUGGAGCUCCGUUGUGUUAUUGCUGUAAUUCGCCAUGGCGACCGUACGCCCAAACAGAAGAUGAAGAUGGAGGUCAGGAACGCCCUGUUUUUUGAGUUGUUUGAGAAAUAUGGUGGCUAUAAGUCUGGAAAACUCAAGCUGAAGAAACCAAAACAGCUCCAGGAAGUGCUGGAUAUUGCUCGUCAGCUGUUGGCAGAACUGGUCCUACAUAAUGAUUGUGAGAUUGAAGAGAAGAAAUCCAAACUAGAACAACUGAAGACGGUUCUGGAGAUGGAAUCCAGCCUGAAUAAUAAUCAGUGCGCACCCUCAUAUCCCCUGUCUCUUUAGAAAGCAGGCAAAGUGGAUCAUAACCCUCAUUAACCCAAGAUCUUGUUCAAAUUACUGACACUUUAAUGAGGGCUCCAAAAUUGACCGUACCUUGGAGAUGAAUCCCUUUUGCAAUUCUGUGUGGCAUCUGCAUGCCAUUUUGUUUCUAAUCUCUCACGAUCCCUCACUUCCUCCAGACCCCCUCACAUAGCUUAAAUGUGGCACCUAAUCAACACAUUAUCGGUUGUUCGGGGUCAUGGAUUAACUAGGAAACAGGUGCUUGGGGAAGUGCCUUGCUUUGGGUUGAUUAAACAUAAUGCAGCAGAGCAAAUUCACUCCAGAGUCCGUUUCUGGCCAGUGAGAAUAAGAACCACCUUUAGACCCGAUUUAGACCAAGUUGUAUCAAAUUAGAAAUAUUCUAAACUACGAAUACACUGAUAUUACAAAUCUGGCCAAUAUUAAUUAGCCAAUAAGUAUUUGGAUAUUAUGGCUUAUAACUGAUAUUGGUCAGUUAUCGGUUAUUAGCCAUAAUAUCGUGGAAUAAAUUGUGGAGAUAAAUUGUAGAGACCAACUACAACCAGAAUUUCCACUCUCCACUGUAUUGUGUAACCUAAAAGCAUGCCAGAUGCCAAUAAUUAUUUAAAGUCUCUUGUGCUCACCAAGGUUGAUUAUAUUUGAUAAAAAAUAC